AUGUGUCCGCUGCGCCGUAGGCUUCCCCACCAUGAUGACAUGCGACAUGCUAAUCUCUCCAAGAAAUCUCUAUGCACACCCACGGCCCGCUCCAUAACAACGUCUGCCCCUUCCCAGGCCACCGUCUCUGAUGUCAGGAUCAAAACUAUCAAGCAGGCUCCCGGCUAUGUGCCCGUCACACCAUUGGAGCACCAAACCGUGCUUGCAACCAUCCACCAAUUCCCCUCCCUCGAGCCGCUACGCUUUGAAAAAUACCCUGCAAACCACCUCUAUCUUCCGACAAGACGAGACAUUCUGCAUCGCGCCGUUGUGUAUGAGGGUGACGCUACCCGAUUAGGUACCGCCUCGACCAAGACAAGACAUGAGGUACACGGUUCGCGAAGAAAAGUACGACCGCAGAAGGGAACAGGUCAUGCUCGAUUGGGAGAUCGAAUGUCGCCUAUGUUGAGGGGUGGAGGUGUUGCAUUCGGUCCCAAGCCGCGGGACUUUUCCUCAGAGUUGCCCAAGAAGGUCUACGACCUUGCCUUCCGGACUGCUCUUUCCUACCGUUUCCGUAAGGGCGAGCUCAUCAUCGUCGAUAAUGCCAUGGAGCUGGAGAGUCCUUCGACCAGGUUGUUGGCGGAUAUUUUCAGACACCACGAGAAGUUGUGGGGCAGGGGCCGGAGUCUAAUGGUGACAUUGGAGGAGCGCCCAUUGCUGGAACAAGCACUGGUGGACAUGGACCGCCGCAAACAGGCUAUUCUUUGGAACAAAGUCGACGUCAAGUACUUGCUGGAACUGUCGCGCAUCAUUAUCGAGCGUGACGCUCUGCAAAACAUUCUCCUUUCUCACGAAGAAGACCUUACACACAAGGCGAUCCAGCCAUGGCACAAGGGUCUUGUUCGCUCAUUACCGCCAUCUAACCUCGAAUCCACCAUUGGAUGGGAAGAUUUCCGCCAGCUUUCACUUGCGAAACCCGAAGAAAAGGAAGCCACCCGCAUUGAAGUCUACGGCAACGUAGCGGCAGCACGCUACGGAUACGCCGAAACUCUACCGCAGGGCACCAAGCGCACCGAGAUGACACUCUCAGCCUAUGAAUUGCUCACCGAAGCCAAGCAACUUGAGUUUGAAAAGAAGACGGGCCUCACAUUUUCCGACUACAGCCAAAACACAAAUACGGACGACUUCCCCCGAGCGAAAGCACUAGACUACCAAAUCAGCAUCAAAAACGAUCUCGUCGACCAAACCGCACAGACGAACCGCUUACUGGCGGAGAAGUACCUGGUAGAUGUCCGCGAGCUCGAACUGCAGAAGCUAGAACUGCUAAGCGAGGCUUCUCUUCUCGCCGCCCAAAUCUUCGAACAACUUCGUGACACUCUGGAGCUCAUGGGCGAAGCGGAAAGAGCGGAGGAAAUGCUCGAGGCGGCUCGGAACGAGAGGACUAGCAUUGAGGAAAUUGAACUGAAUACACUCGAGGCAAGAGUGGAAUUGUCAAGGCAGAUUGCCAUGGUCGCUGGUAUGCAGGGUGACUUUAUAAGGCAGGAGAAGAUGCAGCAGGAGGUUGAAGCGCGUGAGCAAGAGUUGGAGACAAGGAGAGUGGAGAUUGAGGCUCAAAAUGCCUUGUUGGAGGAGGCGAGUGAGGAGGUGGAUGGUGCACCGGAGGAAACGGGAAGUGUGAUUGAUGUUGAGGGUCGUGUCGCUGAGCCAAGCAAAGAGGAGAGGUCUAGCAAAGAGGAAAGAAGACUAUAGGUUCUUCGCAUUAUGUUAUUGUACAGUAUAUCUACAGAAAUUCAUGGAUUGUAGCUGCGUCAUAGC